AUGGGCUACACCAUCGAAGAUGUCCCGUGUUCACGUGGCGAACUCCUGCUGCGGGGACCCAACUUAUUCAAAGGGUAUCUGAAGAACCCGGAGCAAACGGCCGAGAGCUUCACCGAAGACGGUUGGUUCCGCACGGGCGAUAUCGCAUCAAUCGACGACAUGGGGCGCUUCACCAUUGUCGACCGUCGCAAGAACCUUCUCAAGCUCGCUCAAGGCGAGUACAUAUCGCCAGAGCGCCUCGAGGGAAUCUAUCUAUCUGGCUGCAGAUACAUCGCUCAGGCCUUUGUUCAUGGUGACAGUCUGCAGGCAUUCACCAUCGGCAUGUUUGGUGUAGACCCUGAGCUUUUUGCGCCUCUUGCAUCCCAGGUCCUCGGCCGUAUAGUUUUAUCGUCGGACUUGCCAGCCAUCAGAGAAGCGUGUGGGGAUGCUGCAGUGCGUGCUCGGGUAUUCCAGGAUCUCGAGGCGGUGGGCAAGGCGAACAAGUUUGCGAGUUACGAGCGUGUCAAGAACUUUGACCUCUCCAUCGAACCGUUCUCGGUAGGCAACGAAACCCUGACCCCAACUCUCAAACUUCAGCGGAAGAAAGUCGGAGACUUGUAUCGAGACCGGCUCUCGGAACUGUAUGCUCAAGUCUUGGAGGGUCGCGAGGACCACAUCACAGCUCGAGCUGUUUCCAAGCUGUGA